AUGAGCAUAAUUCAAAUCGACGCUUUGCCCGAUUUAAUAUCGAAGGUCACAUGGGGUCCUCAGAAGCAUCUGCUUGUGUCUUCCUGGGAUACUAAACUGCGUCUGUACUCUGUCAGUCACGACAAUUCUCGACAGGUCACAGAGGUGUCUGCAUCCAGCCCGAUUCUCGACUGUUGUUGGGGGGACAACGGUGUUGCAUUCACAGGAGGAUUGGCAGGUGUGGUUGAAGCAAUAGAUCUUCAGGCAGGAGAACUUUUGAGCAUAGGACAACAGCAUGCAGAUGCCAUCUCGUCAGUGGUUUGCGAUGCCGGCAACAAUCUGAUUGUGUCGGGUUCGUGGGACAAGAACCUGCAAUUCAUUGACGCUCGGGGAGGUUUUGGAAACAAGGACAGCUCUAUGAUGAUUCCCACAGCAGGCAAGGUCUACACCAUGGACAAGGCUACCAACUCCAACUAUGUGGUUUGUGGUCUGGGCAACCGCCAGAUUCACAUUUACGACAUUCGAAACAUGGGCCAGGUCUUUCAGCGUCGAGACUCGUCCCUCAAGUUCAUGACUCGAAAAGUAAGAAGUAUGCCUGAUGGAAAGGGAUACGCCAACACAUCGAUCGAAGGCCGAGUUGCGGUAGAAUGGUUUGACCCCUCGCCUGAAGUCCAGGCACAAAAAUAUGCAUUCAAGUGCCAUAGGGCCAAGGAGCCUGACGCCCAGGGUCGAAUUGAGGUUCAUCCAGUCAACGGAGUGGCCUUCCACCCAGCCACACCCGCAUUCUUCACUGGAGGAUCAGACGGUGUGGUCUACUGCUGGGACGGCAAACAGCGCCGACGUCUCAAGCAGUACCCUCAUAUGCCCACCAGUGUCAUGGGUCUGGACGUGGACUCUACAUCCGGCGACAUGCUGGCCAUCGCAUGUGCUGAUGACUCUUUCAAGGAGAAUCCUAAUGGAGCAUUAGCCAAAAGCUCAUUGCACGUUAGAUUUCUGGAUGGAGAGGGCUUAUAA